GUCAAGCUUUCGGUUUCAUUUUCUAUCGUGCCGAAAAGUACUGUGUGAUGCAAAAAUGAAUAAAUGCUUGGUCCAUCGUAUUAUAUAUAUAUAUAUUUGAAAGCCGCAGUCGCGCGUGUAUGAAGGCGGUGGAGGGCGAAGGGCGACAAUGCGUCGGGUUCGGCGGCGGCGCGGCGUGCUGUGGUAUGUCGACCGAUCACGGUCCGUGCGCGAUAUAAAAGGGUGAUCUGCGUUCGACAUGUUCCACCGGCGAUGCGGACAUCGUGUCACUUUCAGCAACAACAACUGCACGGCCACGCGCAACUCCUCCGAGUACAACCAUGGUCUGGUGUUCAGUCUGGAGCCGCUCCAGGAUGACGCGGUGUUUGAAGUCACUAUCGACAAAAAGGUGAGAGCAUGGUGCGGCAGUAUAGAAAUUGGAGUAACGGAAUGCGAUCCAGAGACUCUGGAAAUACCAUCAUGCGCUAUAAAGCUUCGCCAUGGAUCGUGGAUUAUGACUGGCUCUGGCAUAGUUCACAAUGGAGAUCGAAUUGUGGAAAUGUACGGCACGUACGAUUUAAAAGAUCUGAAGGAGGGGAAUACUUUAGGAGUAAUGCGGACGUCCAAUCAUGAGCUGGUAUUCUACAUAAAUGGUGUUUCGCAAGGCGUUGCUGUCAGCAACAUUCCGGAGUAUGUUUAUGCUGUUAUAGAUAUGUAUGGUAAUUGUAUACAAGUCAGCGCAUCUCAUCCUAGACUUGCCGCCUUGUGUAACGUGCCGAAAGAUGAAGUCGAGAUUAAUAAUGAUUAUACUAUGGGGGAAACCUCCAGUUCCUCAACAACAAAUCUAGUCGCUAACUUAAACGUUAAUUUAAGCGUCAAUGUAAAUGUUAAUUUGCCGAAAAAUCCAACUCCCGCCGCUAUAAGAGAAGAUAGAUUAAGAUUUCACGAGAGAGUCGGAACGUUGGUGAAAUUGUCCAAUAACGCGAGAGUUGCCGAGAGACGGAGACCAUUGGAUGAAUUUAACAAUGGGGUUGUAAUGACUCACAGACCGCUACGGGAUAACGAAUUGUUUGAAAUACGAAUAGAUCGGCUGGUUUACAAAUGGUCGGGCAGCAUAGAAGUCGGAGUUACCACUCACAGCCCAACUGCGCUAGAAUUUCCGGCGACGAUGACAAAUAUGCGCUCCGGUACAACGAUGAUGUCUGGCUGUGGUAUUUUAACGAACGGCAAAGGCACGCAGCGGGAAUACGGAGAAUUUAACUUAGACGAAUUGAGAGAAGGAGACCGCGUGGCAAUGAUCAGGCACAGUAAUGGAGAUCUUCACUAUUUAAUAAAUGGUCUGGAUCAAGGUAUCGCUGCCAAAGUACCCACCGGAGUGUGGGGCGUGAUAGAUCUCUACGGAAUGACCGUGAAAGUGACUAUUGUCGAUCGCGACGAAAGGGAAGAGCAAAAUCUAGUUACUAGAAGAAACACGUUGCAUUUGCAGGGUCUGGAUAGUGAAGUUGGAGAAGAGGAAGUACCUGACAGGCUGCUGUUUCAUCCUUGUUGUGGCACACACGCUGAUGUGAUCAACAACGGGCGUACAGCGCACAGGCCUAAUGCCAUAGAUGAUUUCAAUAAUGGCGUGGUAUUAACCUCGAGACCGUUGAAGCCUAAUGAAUUGUUUGAGGUGCGGUUGGACAAAAUUGUCACCAAGUGGGCUGGCUCCAUUGAGAUAGGAGUCACUACUCAUUCUCCGACAGAGCUUGAGUUUCCAUUUACCAUGACAAACGUUAGAUCUGGCACGUGGAUGAUGACGGGCAACGGCGUAAUGCACAACGGCACCACUAUGAUAGAUCAGUACGGUCAGAAUCUGGACCGGCUGCACAUCUGGGACCGCGUGGGCGUAAUGCGGAAGGACAAUGCAACGCUGCAUUUCUACGUAAACGGCGCGGAUCAGGGAGCGGCCGCGAUAAACGUGCCGGAGAGAGUCUACGGCGUUAUCGAUCUCUACGGGCAAGCCGCCCAAGCCACCAUAGUGGAUAGCGUGGACUUCUACAGUCCCACCACGAAUAAUUCUAGUUUUAGCAAUACGACGUUGUACAGCGAUCUAAGGUUUCAUCAUGUGCACGGUAAAAAUGCACGAAUCACAAACAAUGGUUUGACGGCGUCCAGGCCGCGAGCUUUAGGCGAAUUCAACGAGGCCAUCGUGAUUGCGAAUCGCGCGCUACGCGACGGUGAGAUGUUCGAGGUGACGAUAGAUAAGAUGGUCGCCAGAUGGUCUGGCGCUAUAGAAGCAGGUGUUACUGUAAUAAAACCUGACGAAUUGGAGUUUCCAUCUACAAUGACGGAUAUUGAUCACGACACGUGGAUGCUUUCCGGAUCGACGGUGAUGCGUGAUGGUGUCUCGUUGCGUAAUAAUUACGCCUGUGAUCUGGAUAAAUUGGUGGAGGGCAACCGAAUCGGAAUGAUGCGAUGUUCAGACUCUUCCUUACAUUACUUUCUGGACGGCGUGGAUCAAGGUUCCGCGUGUACGGGUUUACCGCCAAACGUUUAUCCGGUGAUCGAUUUGUACGGUCAAUGUGCACAGGUGACGAUUGUGUUGCCUGAGCGCCGAGAUCCUCUGACUCAACAGUAUCUGCCAUCGGAGAACAGUAUUAGUCAACAGCCGACCUCAGUGAUCCAGCCUCAGGCGCAAACGGAGAUUUUACACAAGUUCCACGAAUCGGUCGGGUUGAACAUUCAGCUGAACAGCGAUAGAACGGUGGCGACCAGGUGCAGAGAGUACAACAACGCCGUGCUGUUGAGCGAGACAGCGCUUGAAAAUAACGAACUAUUUGAGAUCGCCAUUCAGGAGGUAGCGCGCGAGUGGAGCGGUUGUUUGAGGAUAGGCGUCUUGAGUCACGAGACAGGCAACUGGCUGACAUCGAUGAACCUCGUGCCCGGCAUGACGUCCAUUCCUGGCGACGCCUGGUACUUGACCGGCAACGAAGUGAGACACAUGGGUUACGCACUCGCCUCCAACUAUUGCACAAGUCUGGAUUGGUUGCGCGUGAAAGACAAGAUCGGUGUGAAGCGCACGCACGAGGGCAAUCUGAAGUUCUACAUAAACGGCGAAGACAUGGGCGUGGCGGCAUUCGACGUGCCAGAGAUGGUGUACGCGGUUAUAGAGCUGUUCGGCAGCACCGUGGCCGUAAACAUCACCAGCAGCAAGCAACAAAACCCCGCGAUAUCUCCCAAUGCCAGUUUGAGGCUGCAGGAUUCGCUGGAACUCGUGCUGGACCCGAUGCCGCUGAGAAACGACGGGGUAAUGGACACGUCUAUCGACGUGUCCGAGGGAAAGCUGAUGAACGAGACGACGCUGACGCCGACGCAGCCCGCCGCCACUGUCCCGAUCGCCAGCGACGGCGAUUGGAUCUACGAAUUCCACGAGAAUCACGGCAGGAACAUUCAGUUGGAAACGAUGACGAUCGCCAGACGGGUGGCGAGUUAUAAUCAGGGCGUGGUGAUGUCCAGUCGUCCGUUGAUAAAGGGCAAGCCGUUCCAGGUGAAGAUAGAAAAGCUGAACGAACGGUGGGUGUCGAAUAUCCUCUGCGGUGUUUCCUGCAUAGUGCCGGAGAAGCAGACGAGCUUUCCGCUGACGGCGCUGGGCUUCAAGAAGCACUCGUGGAUCAUCUGCAGCGACUGGAUAUUCCACAACGGCAUGCGAGUGAAGACAAAGUACGGCGCCGGCCUGGAGAAUCUUCAAUGCAAUUCGACCGUGAGUCUGCUGAUCGACGAGGACAAUCGGCUGCACCUGUUCAUCAACGGCGUGGAUCAGGGUGUGGCCGCGACUGAUUUACCGCCGUACGUCUUCGCCGUGAUCGACUUGUACGGACAGUGCGAGCAAGUGUCUAUCACGGGACUCAGCGAGGAGUCUUCCUACGCGAGCGUUGCUAUCGACAACGCGCUAACGGCUCCCAUCGAGUGCGUGAGCGUGGAAACGGAGGACGUGGAAAAUUCGCGCGAGAAAGCCGAUUUAGAGUGUCACGAGAAGGAGAACGCGAUGGCAACCACCUCGUCGGACCUCUCGCCGUCUUCGACGUCUCCGAGUGUGCCGAGCCAGUGCAGCUCCAGCGCCAGAGACGGCAAUCUCGAGGCUGAGUACUUGACGUUCAGCAGCAACAAUAGCGCGAAUCUAGCGAACAACAGUAUAGAGAACAAAGCCACGGUAUCGAGUAUCGACAGUAACAACUCGGACUCGGGCUCCGAGUUGAGCAACGACGCGCGAAGCGCCAGGAACAGAGCGUAUCCGGACAACGCCGGACCGCCGUUGAACAACCAAUCCGAAAACAACUCGAGCGAGUCGAAUCUCGACGCGGGCAAUCGCGCGCUCGUUAACGUCUUAAGUAUUAGAAAUGAGUGUACAAACGUAGAAAUAAACAACGCGACGAACAUUAAUAUACAGAAGGGCAUGGUUGCCAGCGCGAGCAACAUGACUAAUCUGAGCGCGGCGAUCACCGCGACGAAUGCCAACAACGCGAUUAAUGAAAGCAUAGCGUCCAAUAGUCAAGUGAAUAGUGUAGGCGGCGCGCAGCCGAACAAUCUCUCGGAUCUGCCCAACAAUGCUUGCUCCGGCUUCCACGAGUCGCGCGCACCGUACGCGGAUCGCGACAACGCCGCGUUGAUUCGCGACAACUCCUUCAACGGCAACGUCGUACCUCCGAGCCAGAACACGACGGCGAUCGCGCCGUACAACGCGUCCUCGAUAACGUUGAUACCGUCGUUACCGUCCACCCCCCUCGGGUCCACCGUCGUCACGUCGUCGCGCAAGUGCGACUAUCUGAAGGCGUGCAUGCAGCUGAAGAAGUCGCUUGUGCUGCCGGACGAGUUCUUCUCCGCCGACGAGAUACUCUGCUACUGCAGCGCGUGUUACAAGGUGGACGGCGACAAUGCGAUCUGUAAGAAGGGCGAGCCGCCGGCGGAGUUUGCGAUACCGAUCGGUUGGGCCAGGUUCCCGUUGAAACAGAGCAUCAAUGCCAAUCAGAUUCCGCAGAGCACGACGGACAAGUGGCACGUUGCGUUCUACGGCAUACGCCUCGACGCAAUAAGGUUGAUCUUGGACAGAGGAGAGCUUAUGACCAAAGAGCAGCUAGACGUGAACAACUUGACAGCAGGUGUAAAAAGUGAGGAUCAAAACCCCCAAGUGUCGUUCUCGCCUAGCAUCAAGUACGCGGCAUCCGAUGAAUUCACUAGAAAGUACCCCUACAUCGAUACGCAAUCGAAUAAGAAGCUGAACGCAUCGACGGUGUUUCAAUUGUUGGUGAGACCCGGUUCUUACACGAUCAGUCCCGGCGACAAGGACGGCACCGAUCCGCACUGCGAAUCCAGCAAGUGGGCGACUAAGGAGGCCGGCGCCACGGUAAUCGUCGCUCUUCUCAUCCGUCUGGACGGAUUCUAAUGCGCGAUCGUUCCCGAAAGUGUUGUGCACACGAACUUAUUUCACGCUGCCUGCAUCAGACACACCCACGAUCGGAUUGUGAGUAAUUGUACAUACGACGUGCCCGAUCGUUAACAUGACUGUGGUAAGAGACUUUCGAAAUUGAUAUUUCAAUUCCGUCGAAAUCGCGCUGUAUAUUUACGUUAAGUCGCGCGAAGGUUCCGUCGCGUGCGUUUAGUAGUUUAAGGAUUUUGUCGUCAGACGUUUGUGUGCUAGAGAUUAAUUCGCGUUUCAGUUACCUUUUACCGCAGCGUUUAACAUGUGUACAGUACGGAUAAUUGUGCAAUAGGUAACGUUCGUUAAUUUAUGUGAAGAAUCCGCUAGGAAAAUUAUUCGCUAAAAAUCCGCUGUGCUUAGUUAUAACUCAAGUGAUAUAUUAUAAAAGACUUUUAACUGAGUUUUAAAUGUUUUAACGUACACGCGUGUCACAUGUUCGUCGCUAGAGUGGCCUAGCUUAACGCUCACAAGAACAAAUAAUGUACGAAAUAUAUUGCCACAGUGAACGUAUUCGCCACUUGAGCGGAGAGAAUAUAGUAUUUUUGAUGCCAGUUCCACGCUUAACCGACAUACCAAAUCUUUAUCGCAUUGCAUGUAAAGAAACCUCGAGACACGAUACAAUUUUUUUAACGCACUCUUCUGCAGCAUCGAUAGAAAGGGAAGUCUUGUAAUAUGUCUAUGUUGUAGAAAUAAAUGCAAUGCGAAUGCAGCUCGCAUUGUCAACACCA